AUAUCUUCCAAGGCAUCCAAGUGUGCUGCAGUCGUCCUAUAAAAGGCAGCAUUGUUUAGAGUUGUAUUUGUAGUUGUAUUUGAAAGUGUCAGUGUCUUUUUUCAGCAAGUUUCAUCUUGAAGCACUGGAUCGAGCCACAAGGGAGGAGGAGAACAGAAAGGAAAGGAGAAAGACAACACACCUCCUUUAUUGAUUUGCUGGCGAUACAACAUUGCCAGGUACUGCCAACCUGUGCCACCUCAUCAAACCUGGACCUCACACCAACAAGGUCGGAGUGUCUAAUAGAGUGGACAAGGCUGUAGAUUGACUCAGUGUGGAUUCUUCCUGAAGAGAAGGUGCAGAAAAAUCCCAAACUAAAGGACAAGAGAUGGAGAACAUGAUGGAAAGCCUGAGACAAAGACUGCAAGACAGGGAUCGAGAGAUGGAGAGAAUACGGCAAGAGGAGAACGAGAGCCUGAUGGAGAUCAUGAGGGAGGAGCUAGAACAGAGGGAAGAUGAGAUAGACAGAAAGAGACAAAAGUUAGAAAAGAGAGAUGAAGAGAUAGAAAAAAUGAGACAAGAACUAGAGGAAGGAGAUGAGGAGAUGGACAGAAUGAGGCAGAAACUCGAGAAGAGGGACAGAGUGAUUGAGAGAAUGAAACAAGAACUAGAAGAGAAAGAUGAAAAGAUAGAACAGAAGGAUGAAGAGAUGGAGAGAAUAAGGCAGGAGCUUGAUCAGAAGAUAGAGAGAAAGAGACAUAAACUAGGAGAGAAAGAUGAGGAGAGAGAGAAAAUGAGGCGAGAACUAAAAGAGAAAGAUGAAGAGAUAGAAGAGAAGGGUGAAGAAAUGGAGAGAAUAAGGCAGGAGCUUGAGGCAAAGAUAGAGAGAAAGAGACAGAAACUAGAAGAGAAAGAUGAAGAGAGAGAGAGAAAGAGACAGAAACUAGAAGAGAAAGAUGAAGAGAUAAAGAGAAUGAGGCGAGAACUGGAAGAGAAAGAUGAAGAGAUAGAAGAGAGAGGUUAUCAAAUGGAGAGAAUAAGGCAGGAGCUAGAGUACGAGAGAGACAGACAGAAACAGAAACUGCAGUGGCAAGAGGAAGAGAUAGAGAGAAUGAGACAAAAACUAGAGGAGAAAGAAGAAGAGUUAUUCAGAAUUAGGUAUCUUCUCUGAAUCAGUGGUCACCAGCCCUGGUCCAGGAGACCUUCUUCAUUUGGAUCGGAUGCAUCAGAUGAUUGUCUGGAUCAGAUGCGGUGGUGUUAGAUAAGGCAGGGCAGCUUUGGAUGUAGGUUGGAACUAAACUCUGCAGGACAGUGGAUCUCUGGGGUUCUGCUUCAGAAAGCAGGAUUUAUGGCUUAGCCAGCUAACUUUUAGCUUACUUUAAUGCAUUCCUGGAUUUUUAAGAUUAAGAGAACUUUAUUUUUAUAUCUCAAAGUAUUUUUGAGAUAUAAACAGCUCUAUUGAUUUAAACAAACAAUAAUGUUGUGGGUCCAGCAGACCACUGAGUAACAAACACAUCAACACAAAGGGCCGCACCGUUGUCAGUCUGUGAACAAAGUUUACAGAUACAUAACAUUAAUGCAAGU